ACUUGUGCAGUACUGAUGCAACUUUUUUUUUUUAAAUAUUAUUCAGGUGUAGAAUUUGGUGCUCGAAUGAUAACUAUUGAUGGCAAACAGAUUAAACUUCAGAUAUGGGAUACGGCAGGGCAAGAGUCCUUCCGUUCCAUCACAAGGUCAUACUACAGAGGGGCAGCAGGGGCGUUACUAGUGUAUGACAUUACAAGGAGGGACACGUUCAACCACUUGACAACCUGGUUAGAAGAUGCUCGCCAGCAUUCCAACUCCAACAUGGUCAUUAUGCUUAUUGGAAAUAAAAGUGAUUUAGAAUCUAGAAGAGAAGUGAGAAAAGAAGAAGGUGAAGCAUUUGCACGAGAGCAUGGACUCAUCUUUAUGGAAACUUCUGCCAAAACUGCUUCUAAUGUAGAGGAGGCAUUUAUUAAUACUGCAAAGGAAAUCUACGAGAAAAUCCAAGAAGGAGUCUUUGAUAUCAAUAAUGAGGCAAAUGGAAUUAAAAUUGGCCCUCAACAUGCUGCUACUAAUGCAACACUUGCAGGCAAUCAGGGAGGACAACAAGCUGGUGGAGGCUGCUGUUGAGCCUAUUUUUACUUUCUGGCUACCUGAAUGGGGCCUACUAACUUGUUCUUUCACCCUCCCCCACUCCAUCUCAACUGACACAUGAAACUAUUGUAAGUUGGUUUCAUGUUGCAGGAGAAGACUUUAUCCUUCAAAUUCUUGUAUAACUUUGAAUAAAUGGUUAAUGUUCACUUAAGAGACAGAUUUUGGAGAUUGUAUUCAUAUCUAUUUACAUUUGCUUUCUAGGUCAAUUGAUGUGAUUAUUUUUGUUAAAUGUUGUCUUGUGCCCUUGACUACGAACUGAAUUGUAUUAAACACUAUGAAGUCAUCUGAGUAUUUUAAUCAGUUUGUGUAGUUAGGUUUCCCAGCUACUGUGGUUACCUAAUGUUUAAUAUCGUAGAGCUGUCCUCAAGUUUUUGUCAAUUUUCAAGGCUAUAAAGAGAAGCAGAAAGGACUCUUUUAAUUCUGUAUUUAUCAUUUACUUUCUGUAUAUAUAGUUUAAUAACCUGCUUGGGUGUAUUUGCCAAGCUAGAAUUCUUUAAUGCAUUUGCAUAAAUUCUAUACUACUUAGAGCUUGAAAACUACAGGAGCAUUAUUAGAAAUUGCUUGGACGCUGAAUUUUAAACCUUUUUGACAUUGUUAGCAUGUUUAUCUUCUGUCAUUAUCCUGAAGUCCAAGAAAAAAAUGCUUAAUGUAUAUUACUAGAGGCUACAUGUGUGUUACCUAUUUUAAUGCCAAAUGUUUGCUGUUUGUUCACAAUUUCCACAGCACCUCUUCAAAAACAGAUUAGCUGUUUGCCUUAAUGAAUACUGUAGGUAAAAACUGAGAACGAUGAAUGAAAAAUACAGGAGGAAUUGAUACCCAUUUAAAGUGGCACAUUAUGAAGAUUUUGAUUUUGAUUUUUUUUUUUUAAAUAAUGUUGUUUCCCCACCCCUUGUUUACACUUUAUUUCUAGGUAUAUUUUUCAUGCAGGACAGUUGGGGGGUGUUAUUUUUGGGGGGUUGUUUUUCCAACCUAGAUGUACAGUGACUGUGUAAAGUUUUUCUUUUAGUGAAAACUUGUAAUCCUAAAUAUCUGGUAAGCAUCUUGUCUAUUGUGAAGGGGGGUGUGACAAUAAAAUCUGCCAAAUGGAAAAUCUUGAUAAAAGCCAAAACUGGAAAUGGUUUGGUACUUAUUAUGGUGGUGAUGUAAGGAUGAGAGGGAGAGGUGGUACUCAUAAUGACAUGGCUAAAACAGUGCAAAAUAAAAUCCUCUGUUUAAGUAUUAUAUUUGUUUAAAGUGCAGAAUAUUCAAUGUCAGUUUGACUGCAAAUGAACAAAAAUGAACUUCAAAUUCUUCAUAUUUCUAUCUAAUUCAUAAAUAAAGGGGUGACAUUAGAUCAUGAUCUGUAUGUCUCCCUGAAGAAAUGAAUUUUAACUACAGUUUUGUCUUACUGGACCAACUGAGACAGAUUUGGGGGACAUAGAUUCCUCUCUCAUUUCAUCUCACUUGACAGUCAAGCUACAAGGGGGAGCAUUGACUUCAGAAGUGAAUAAACCUUAAUUUAAGAAGUGUAACAUAGCGAUGGGUCUGAGAUUAAAUAAAGUUUUAAAAAUA